AUGACUGGUGGGGGUCAGAAAAAGGCUCGGAAAUCGGCGCUGAAAUUGCCCAGCUGUUCUGCAGAGAAAGAUAGUGCUCCUCCUCCAAAACGAGUUUCUUUUUCAAAAAGAAUCGAAAUACAGGAAUUCGGAAACCUUACUAAUGAAUGCUAUAGGCCGAUUACGUCCUCAUAUCCAGUAGAUGACAGCGUCAAUAUGGAUGAAUCGUUUACUCAAAAUGCCCCAGGACCUAUUUGCAUCUCUCCUAAUAUAAGCUCUUCUGGUUCUGACAUGGACGUCUCGAUGAAUGUCACUUAUGAUGAACACGUUAUUUCUCCCGAUCAUACACCCCAAGAACGACGAAAGCCCCAAGCUACUUACUUCCCCUCUAACAAAACUGUUGAUGUAUCCAUGGGCACCUCUAGCGAAAUAUCUGCUAAUAUGGAAGAAUGCUCUAUAGUUUCAGCAUUGGAGGGGAACUUCAAUGAUAAAGCAAAUAACGAAUCUGAAAUGGAAAGCAUGGCUGAAGUAACAUUGUCUUGCACACCGACAAGAAAACAGCCCCCACAUAUCGAUGUCACAAUGCAUUCUGAAUUGACCCCAAAAAUUGUUAGUACUCUGAAUACGAAGAGCUCUCUUAUAUUUUCUGCGUCUUCAAGAACGAUGGAGGUUGAGCAUGUAACUCAUGAUGAUCUAGAGGGCGGUGGUAUUGAGGAGGAGAACUUUUAUGAAAAAUCAUAUUCCAAUCCACUGGAGGAAUUUAACUUAAUUCGACCCACUCCGGCGAGUUUUGAUGUUUUGGGAUCCAUGAGAUGUCGAUCCCCAGCACCUCCAUCGACACCGUUAACCAAAAUCGUUGUAGCUGCCGGUCGCACCCUUCCUUCCUUUUCACCCAACUUUGCAACAAAGCAACCACCGUUAAGUAGAUCCAGAUAUGGAGGAUUUUCUCUCUCUCUUCCAGGGAAGACGGAGUUAUCUGCUGAAAGGGAGAUUCAACUUUCGAGAAGUCUUUUGGCUGGAUUCGACUCCUUCCUUCCUACAUUUAAUGGUGCUCUUAAAUCAGUGAAAAUUGAUGAACUUCCUGUGGUGGCUAGAAAACGCAUGACGAUAGAAGAAUUCUCGAACGAAUUGCUUCAAAUCGAUUUCGCCAGUGUCAUAGACGCAUCAGCCUUCGAAGAAGAACUAGCUCAAGUCAUUCCAAUGAAAUUAUGGGAAAGUGGAGAGUUGAAUCCGAUUUCGACGCGCUUUAUUCGGCACUUCAUUGAGGAUGUAACAACAACCUACAACUUGAUUGAAUCUGGACGGACUGCGGAACUGCAUUAUCGAAUGGGUCAAUCGGCCAAAGUGUUACUAACUGGGAAAACUCAGCGUAUAAGUUCUUUAAGAGAGCAUUUCUUUAAUCAUGUUUGUGACGUGGCUACAAAGCGAAUGCUCUCCGAGUUGUCCGAACCUAUUAAUAAAAUGGAGAUUGAAGUUCAGGAGUACUUGGCAUCUCUUGAAAGAGAUGUUCGAGCCAAACAAGCUGAAAUGAAACGACUCCAAGAAGAACUGAACGGUUGGACGGAACUCUUGGAUGACGAUGCUAGUUUCAUUGCCAUUAGGAAGGCUCGUGAAUGCACUGACUCUAUCAAAGAUGAUAUUUCCCAAGUUCUACGAGAACGCAAUGAAUUGCAACAGCAAUCGGAAGUUUUGAAGCAAACGAACAGGAAGAGCCCAUUUAACGGCUGUCCCCAACAUCAUCCGAUCUCCUAUUUUGCCGGCUUGGGCACUUCUCUCACUGCUUUCGGACCUCCUGUUCCUCAAUCAAGGGUCUUGGAGGCUUGUCGAAGAUUGCAAGUUUUGCAAUACCCUCUUAAUGCUUAUACAUUUUGCUUGGCAGUUGAGGAAAAUUCCUAUAUAAUUACAACUUUCUAUGGGUUAAUAACUUUUCGAGUUGAUUGUGCUCCAUCGAGUAACUCGUUAUGGUCAGCUUCAAACUUAGAAAUCACCAAUUUAGAUGUUGCGUUUCGAAGAAGUGAGAACCAUUUUGACUCAUCUGACUCCUGUUCUCUAGAUCCCGCUCUAAUGAAAACAACCAACUCUGUCGGUGAAUACGCUUUCAGGCGAAUGAAGGAAAAUUGGCAGUUGGUUGCAGAUAACCUUCUCGGACGAAAGUUUGAGGACGCGCUUGAUUUCUUUGAGUAUGUUUUGCACUCCUACGCUCUACUGGCAACGUGCUUGCACGGCCUUUGUUCACUUGGAAUUUUGAUCACUCUGGAGACCUCUUGGCAUUCGAUUUCAAUUCCCGACCUAUACGAAACUAAGUCUAGGUGUGACCCAUGGAGGCUCUCCAAGAAUUUCUAUGUCCUUGGAAAGGCUCUGUCGUUGGAAAUUUCACGGGAUUCGGAACCUUUCAGAUUGAGCGGAUACGUUGCCCCCAAAAAUUCAACCAAUCUGCUAAAAACGGAGUUCAAAAUCUACUCUCCUCAUGAUCUCUUUAAACCCGAGGCGUCUAAAUCAAUAGAAGUGAAGGAUCUCUUUGGAAAUUCAAGAUUGGACCUACUUAAAAGCCCCACCAUCUCCCCCAAGGAUACUGUCGUCGACAUUCACGAGAAACUCAUAUCAAUAGCGAAGGCUUUGAAAUGA